UGAUGUAGAUUUCUGUUGAACUUAUAUAAACCAGUCAUAUGCCCACUUUCAGAUGCCAUGGUUUCAGUCCAGUACUUUCGAGCAGGCAAUCGUGUGGAGUGGGGGUCUCUGACCCUGACCUUCAUCAUUGUACCCUCGCUGGUGAUGCAGGUGUUCAGCACCAGGUGGUUUAUGGCUGAUGACAACAUGGGUGGGUGGAUCAGCUGGCUCAUCCAUUGUAUUCAGAUGGGGCCUAUCUACAGGUAUGUCCAGGCCCUACAGACUGGCUGGGAGGCCAGGAAGACCAACGAUCCCAUAGAUUUUGAGCGUCUGUACCAGCAGCAGAGUGACGUGUGCAUGCUGCGGCUGUUUGAGUCCUUCAUGGAGUCAGCCCCACAGCUGAUACUGCAGCUCUACAUCAUGCUUAAAUUGGGAAAUGCCAACUUUCUUACUGGUACCUCAGCAUGUGUGUCGCUGAUCUCCCUGUCCUGGGCCAUCGCUGCCUACAGUAAGGCCAUGAGACAAGUCAGGAAGGACAAGAAGAAGAUCACGUGGGGAGGGCUGUUCCUACAGACAGUGUGGCGUAUCGGCAUGGUGUCAUCUCGGGUACUGGCACUGGCCAUGUUCGCAUCAGUAUACAAGGAGUGGAUCUGUGUUGUCAUUGGCGUUCACUGGCUGUUGAUGACCAUUUGGGUUUGUGUGCAGAAGACAGAUUUCUGUGACACCUGGUGGGAGGAGAGGCUGUUCAAUGCUGUAGUAGGGGUCAUCUACUGCUUCUGUUUCUUCAACAUAAAGGAGGGUCGGACCAGGAGACAUAUUGUAGGCUUCUACACAAUCAUGUUGCUGGAGAACUCAGCUCUGAUGGCAGCAUGGUACCCCUUCAGGAAGCUGGGUGUCUGGUACAACAUCCCUGUCAUGAUGGCUGUGUGGGGAGGCUUCCUCAUUGGGGCAAUCACUAUGACCAUGUACUAUAACUACUGCCACCCCAACCGUGAUGGCAGCAUACCCGGCUGCCCUACACCAGGCCAGUACAUCAAGGCUGCCUUCGGCUUCCACAGAGCCCAUAGUGACGACACUGAACACGACGCCACAGAUCUCCACAUAGAGGAGCUGGAUGACAUAGAAAUACUUCCCAGGUCACGACCUGCCUCCUGCCCACCCAGCAGAACCCCGAGUGUGCAGGUGAAGACACCUGGAACACCUGGCAUUGUGGCAGGAGCGCCAAGUGUUCUGGAAGGUUCCCUAGCAACACCAGAUCUUCACAGCUCCCUGCUUAAAGCUGUCAUGUCAGUGUUAGAUGUUUCUACUACUACUGAAGUAGACGAAAGGUUGCCCCCAGCCAAAUCUUGUCCUGAUAUAUAUAGUGAGCAGCAACGCUUGUCAGAAGUGUUGAGUGCACUACGAAAUGAUUCUUUAAAGUCUUCCUCCCAAGAAGUGCUUUCUGCUGGGGCCGGGGUCCCAGACAAGGGGACCUGUAACCCGUCAUUUACAAAGUCUGAGGAGGUAUUAAGUGAGUGGGGGAAGACCAGGGAUUCCUCUCCGCCUAGAAUCAUCAUCACUCCCUGUAGUCCCACUGACAAUAGCAACAUAGGAAGGCCAGACCCCAAGGUCGUCGUACACAGGAUGAAUUUUAAAGACAAAGGCAGGAAUGGAAGGCAAGGUGUAAGAAUGGGAACUGCCACAUAUCUUAAGAAACCCUUGGUGGGCAGGAGGUAUAUUCCUGUAGAGUCAAGACUGGGUGAGGAUGAUCCUGGUGGUACAGUGACAAAAUCACAGAAUAGUGUAAUGCCAUAUAGUGUUGAAGUUGGUGGUUCCCCAGGGUUAAGGAAGAGGGAGGGACACAGUCCUGCUAACAUGCCAGUGACGGUUAGGUUGGGGAUAGGGUCACCCAGGAUUGAAAAAAGAGGCCAGGGAGUUGCCAAGGAAACAUGGGAGGAGAUAUACCUGACUCCCAAAGCUGGAUCUGGGAAGGCAAAGAAGGCCCUAGAGUUUGCUGAGGACAGUGCCCCUAGCUCUGUCUCAAACACAGUCCAGAAACAAAGCACAAUCAAAGGUACUACGAAACCAAGCAGUGUUAUCACUGACAGCUUACCAUGUGAGAAACAAAAUGAUCCAACAUGUAGUAAAAUAGUAUCAUCAGAAUCCAAAAAUGAGCAAAUGCAUUUACAGAAAUGGCAGCUUUCCAUGAAAAAUGAAAGCGACAAAGCAAGGAAGGAUGCUAAAGACAAUCAUGAAAACUCAGAGCAUGCCAAAGUACUUGAGCAAGUUGAUAAGACUACUGGUCCUUCUGAAGCCAGUGAAUCUCAUGAUCGCAACAAAGUGGGGACUUUGAAACAAAUCAAGAAACAUUCUCCACAAAAAAAGAAUACAAAGAAAGGAAACAAAGAAAACCAUUCACCAAAGCCCCAGACAGCUACAGCAAUCCUUACAGCCAUUGAAACUCCAUCAGUUCACACUAGCGAUAGGACAAUGGAACUGGAAGCAAAGGACAAUGGAAUUAAUGCACCUUCCAUAAGCACAAGUGACACAAAAAUUGAAAAGAAGCUUCCAGUAAAUUCUGAAAUGGUCUUCCCAAAACUAAGGCACUCCCCAUCUAUGUCCAGGAAGUCCCUUUCCAAAAUCCCAUCCAAUGCUGUUUCGGCCAAAGUCACACAAUUCCGUACAAUGACUCCCCCAGAUAGUCCUGGGAACUCCUCACCCAUUCCAAACAAGCUUGACACCAAACGUUCCAAUCCAAAGAAGGAGAAAGGUAGAAAGUCCCUGGCAAAUAUACCAAAGAACACGGUUGCAGAGAAGCUGAAUAAGUUUGGGACCCCAGAGAAAGAUGACAGAAAUAUGAAUCAAACGCUCAGUUCAACCAAGUUUGGGCAGGCAGAAUUACAGACUGGUGUAUCGUCAGUCUGUCAGAAGGAAGAUGAGAAACCAACGGUUGGGCUUAAGGGGUUAAAACCAGUCAGGAAGUCCCUAGCAAAUAUUCCCAGAAAUGCAGUUGGAAGCAGGGUUUCUAAGUUUGACUCCAAUGUGUGAACCAUCCAAUUUUUACACAAUCAUGUAAGAUACCAAAGAUAUCUUGCCAUGCCUACAUGUACAUUGCUGAAAAUGAAGAAUUGGAAGAAUACCUGUUACAAUGAAAUAUUAAGGGACUGCAGGCAGGGUGUAAUGGUACUAGAAAAGUCCCCUUUGACAGACAAGUUUGAACAGAGCUAACUUAAUGAUAUGAUCAAUGGAUGUGAAGAUAAUACCUUCUCAAAAUGUACAUUGUAAUAUACUUUUUACUCUAUAUAUGCAAAUUGAAUUAUAUGUACAUUCAUCAGCAUAUGCAAACUUGAGAAGGUUGAAAUUUCAAUUAUGAUCUAUGGUCUGUAUUUUGACUUUACUGGAAGAUAUAUCUCCAUAUAGUCUAUAAAAGAAGACCAACUACAAAUGAACUUAGAUAAACUGGCAGGUUUUAUAUGCAGCAUAGAAUGUGCAACUGUAUUGAGCCAUUGAUUUAAGAAGUUACACAGAAGCACAUUACAAAUGUAGGGUUUUAACUCAUUAACUUGUACAAUAUGUUAUACAGCAUUUAUAUGUAAUACUAUAUAGAACGAUAUUGAAACAAGUUUACACUUGGAGCUGAACAUUACAAAUUAAGGAUUUUAACUCACAAAUUUGUACAGUAUCUUAUAUAUUUGUAUGUAUCUCUAUAGAAUGGUAUUGAUAGAAGUUUACACAUAAAAGGAGCUGAACAGUGUAAUGUUUAGAGGAAAUAAGUUACCCCGGUAUGUGUUUUUAUAAGCCUCGAGCAAGGAAUGUAUUUUAGGAGGUAAAUUUGCUAAGAAGCUCGAUCUUUUAUUACAUGUAGCUGAGUACUAUAUUCAGACAAUCAUGAUGAUGGCUGCACUAGUGGUGUUUUAUGACAAUGUCACUGUGUAGCAAUAUGUUGCAAGUAAUACUGUUAAGUAUAAAUCAUACUAUGUAAAUUAUAUUUUUUACUAUCCCACUAAAUGCUUCACACCGGUAAUAAUACUGCCAUGCCUUAGAAGAUAUGUGUGGCUUGUCUGUCAAACUUACUACAAUAUUUGUAUUGCUGAUUGAUGAAAAGUAAUAUACCAAAGUAACAGUUACUGAAGAAUCUGCCAGUGGAUGUAUUUUCAAAAUCUGUAGAUCUAACUGUUUUAUAUUUGUGGUGCUUUGUACAUUCACCUGACAUGUGUCUUUGAAUCAUGAAGGAAAUUUGUGGUAGAAAUACAGCAUGAAGGACAUGUUUGUCUGGAAGCCUAAGGAAUGCAGUGAUGGCAGUGUAUUGAUGCAGUGCAUGCAAGAAAUUUAUUCUUAUUGCCUCUCUAAAGAAACUGUGUGAUGUCUGAGUUUGGUGAUUCAUGUAUACAUGUAUAGGAUAUGAAUACAUAUUUUAAAGUCAUGGCAAAUGUGACAAAGCUGGACGAUUUGUUUUAUCUCAUUUUCUACUCACUGUAUCUAAUACAAAAAUACCACAGGAAAUGCAUGUUUUUCUUUGUCAUUUUAUUUGCACCCAGAAAGCAAAUAGAAUAGCCUGUCUGUUGGUACCUUACAUGUAGUUAGGUAUACAUAUUUUUGUACUUGCUAAAAAUAAGAGCUGGUUCAUAUUAUUUUUUACAACAUCCAAACACAGUCCAUCACCACUUCAGUAAAUUAUGUAAAUGAUGUAUUUACAAUGUAGCAUAUUAGUUUGCAUAUAAACCAUAUGUGUAUGAAGAGGGUACAAUAUCACUUAUACAUGUAGAAUAACCAAUAUUAUAUUUUUACAAUUACUGGGAGGGGGUGUACAAUACAAAUGUAUAAGCCCUAGGCCACACCAAUUUAAUUUCUUGGUUAACGGAUUUUUCUAGAAAAACUAAUGGAGCCCGCGGGC